GCAUCACUUGCCAGUCUCAAAAUGUCUGUGUCUUGCUUCAGUUGCAAAACAACUGCUCAUGCAUCCUGCCUAUUAUGGAUGUUUGGAUGCACUAUGCUGUCAUAUGCUCAAGGUUAUGUGAUUUUAAACUCGGUGUCAUGGUCAGUUACAAAUGAAGUAGAAGAAGAAUUGGACAGCUCCUCCACUGAGGAUGCUUUGCCAGCACUGCUAGAAGAUACAAUUAGCAUGUGGAAGCAGAGCUACCCAGGUUCAGCUUACAAAGAGGGCAGAGAAACAAAGACCAGGCCAGAGCCUGACACGAAUAAACAGAUUUCUUCACCAUCAAGGAUGUUCUCAUACAAAAGGGAAAGCAGUACAGUGACCGAGAGCCCACCUUCUCCUGCAGAUGCCCUUCAGCACAAGCUGGCCACAUAUGCUCGAAUAUUAACUCAUAAAAGCAAAUGGGGCAUCCUGGCAACUAUUUCCAACCAAGAGAUGAUCCAAGAAAUGCCAUUUGGUCAGGUUUUGUUAACCAGCGAUGGUCCUGUGGAUAACAGUACCGGCAUUCCAUUCUUUUGUGUUUCUCCGAAGUCCAACUUUAUUGCAGAUUUAAUGAAGAAUCCAGUUGCAUCUCUCACCUUUGCAGAUCCAGAUGGUGACAUUUGCAGAAAGAGUAUAACAGACCCACAAGAUCCACAAUGUGCAGCACUAACGCUGGCAGGUCAGAUGGUAAACGUGCUGCCCGGGGGAGCAGAUUUUGCGAAGAAAGCGCUGUUUUCCAGGCAUCCUGGUAUGAGGAAAUGGUCCCAGAUCUACAACUGCCUGCUAAUGAAGAUGAACACAGAGCAUAUCUAUGUUACAGACUGCUAUGGGGGAGUAUACAGCCUCUCGUUGGAAGAUUAUUACAGAAUAAACCCAAACUGACCUGGCAAACAGAUCACUAUGACACAGCAUGGGAAACAUCCAGUGACCAUAUACUGUACUGUAUACUUUGAAGCUCUUUGUAAAACAUAUUAUUGAUCAACAAAUUAUUGAUUUGUUACAAGGGUUCAUUGAUAGAUGAAACAAUUACAGUCUGUCAGAAAUACAGUAACCUCCACUAUAAAUUGGGUAAGCACACAAGUCGUUGCUGUACACUUUAAACUGUGCUAAAGUGGAUGUUAUUUAAUUACUGUACAUUUAAAAAAACAGUAUUUUAAUGAGAUGGGUGCUGAAUUCCUUAUUAUAUAUGACACAAGCCUAUACAUGCCAAUAAGACAGGGGAGACUGAGCUGUACUACAUACUGUAUGUCUGCUUUAUGGCCAUUUACAGAUGUAUCAUUGUCCUAUAAGGUAGGAAUAGUCUCACUCUGGUCCACCCUAUUUCCACCUGCUCUCUAGUAAUAAUGUAUGCCCACAUACUGGAGAAAUGUGCAAAAGCUGCAAUAAUAGCAUGCCUCUGUGAUCCGAUCCCUGUCAAUGUGUGCAGAGUGUCUCAGGAAUGGUUGGGAACAGGCACUCCGCAACCAACAUAUUCGAUCAUUUUUCCCUGCACUACAUAGAGGUGUGCAGGAAAAUGUGCGAUGAAAUCUUACCAUACUAAACAGUAAUAACGGAAAGCACAUCAACGAGAUUUGUGGGGUCUUUUUAAGGGGCAUUUAAUAAGCUGUAAAAAAACAAACAAGUUGACAGCACAUCUGCAUAAUGCACCUAUUGUACAGUAUGUGGGUAACUGCUUUUAAUCUGCAUUUCGAGAAUAUGAAGUGCAGUACAUCAGUUCAUUCCUUCCUGAAUGUGGCCUGUUGCUUACAUGUACCUCAUAUUGCAUUAUGUAGCCAAAUGCAGAAAGAACAUCUUGUGAUGAGCUUUAUUAAGUGAAGACUGGGGAGCCCCACUAAACCUGGAACCCUAAUAUACAUAGGCAAAGCCUUUUUACCACCAAUAAGCCCUGAUUAUUUUUCUUGUCCUUGAAGAUGGAUGAAAUCCUACAGGAGUACCUUAUAUGGGAAAAAGUCUGUGGGUACACAAAUACCAGUGUUAAAUUGUACAAUCUGACACAAGCAAUAAAGACAGCUUGAGUGACAUACCCUUUAUGUCAUGAUUUAUUUAGGACAUGCUUGAUGCUCAAAUAGUAUUAUAUUUUGAGAAAAACUGCAUUAGUUAAAACUAAUAGUAUUUACAUGGAACCAGAAGUGAAAAUGUAGAGGGCAUAAUUUGCAGUGUUGGAGAGUGAUGAAUAAUUCUUUAAUGUUACAAGACUAAUAAAACGAUUUGUGACAGCCUUAA